UUGUGUUUAAUCUUGCUGGAGAGUGAUAGCUUUAAGCCUAACAAGAAAUCUUAUUGUUGUUGUUCUCAAGAUUAGAUUUGAUUUGUAAUUGUUUCUCUUUAAUAUCUUUCAAUUUUAUUUAUCGCAACUGACCUUUAUUUAACUUUACGUGAAAAUGGCUUUAAUGGGAUUUGGUGAUUUCAACGAUAUGUUUGGACAUGUUGAUAGAAUGAUGAACAAUAUUAUGAGGAAUAUGUUUAAUCCAAUGCCUGAUCCAUUUGGUAUGAUGGAUACAAUGAUGCCUGGCCUAACAAAUAUUGCUACUUUUCCUAAUAUGACUCAAGGUGGCUCAUAUUUCUCUUCAUCUGUGAUGCAUAUAAGCAAUGAUGGCUCAGGUAGACCUCAGGUUUAUCAAGCUACUCAAUCAGCUAGGUAUGGUCCAGAUGGUGUUAAGGAAACUCAAGAAACAGUCAGAGAUUCUGCUUCUGGCUUACAAAAAAUGGCUAUUGGUCAUCACAUUAAUGAUCGAGGACAUGUUAUGGAGAAGAGUAAGAACUGGUACACGGGAGAGGAAGAAGAGAAAGACGAAUUCAUUAAUCUUGAUGAAGAAGAAGGUCAAGCAUUUGAAGAUGAAUGGAAAACUCGAAUGGGAUCUGCAUAUGCACAACGUCGAGGUUAUCAUGCUGAUCGAGCUUUAACUUCAAGUCAGGGUUCAGCUCCUCUUGCUAUUACUGCUGGACCAUCUACAUCAGGAGAAUCCAGUAGCUCACAUUAUUAUCCUCAACAGCAACAUCAAAGCCGACACUUGCAUGGUGUUCAGCUUCCUCAUCAACACCACCACCACCACCAGCGGACCAAUAAUCAUCACCAAUAUCGAGGUGAAAUGAAUGCAACAAAUUCCAGAUGUGAUCCUGACAUUGAGAUAAUUAGUGCUCCAAGUCGAGUUCAACAUCACCAUCAAUCUGCUGCUGGUUCAUCUCCUCAAACUUCCAAUCGACACAGAGUCUCUGCUAAACAACGAAGUAAAAAAGAUAAAAAACCAUACAAAAGGUCAAGUAACAAAAACAACAAUGAGCAACAGCACUAGUUUCAUUGAAAAAAAGAAAAUAUUAAAUCUCAAGAUUGUAAACAGAACCUGAAUUGAUCGGGAUGGCUCUUUUAGUUUGGGUAUUCGUAAAAAAGUGUUUCCAAUCAAAGCGCUUCGUCUUAUUGACGUAAAAAAGUGAAAUUUGAGGCUUAUCGUUCUCAAUUUGACAUACACACCGGUUGUUCAAACUUGGUAACAUCAUUCUACUUUAUCAAUUGUCUUUUCCUCUUUCUCUUAUCUUGAUUUUCUUCGGUAUUUAAAAAAUAAAAUCUUAUGUCUCAACAAAUA